CGUUGUAGGAGAAACAUGGCUCACCGCUCUAUCCAACCGUGUUUGCUGUUGCUAUCGUGUGUGUCUUUUAUAAUUGGUGUAAACGGGCUUAAUUAUUGCUUUCAUUCUCUCAAUGCUUUCGGAGCAAUGUGGAAACGUACUAUUUCAGGUACUCUAGGGAUAAUAUGUCUACUGCUUUCAUUGGUGACGGUCCGCAUUUCGACACUACGAAUAGCUGAUGGACAUACGGUCAUCACAGCUAUACUCCACUACGUACUUAUCAACUGCACCUUACUCAGAAAUGAACUACGCAUGCGUGAUUAUCAUUCAGCGUGGAGAAAUCCACGUGAAGCACAGGAGAAACUCCUGCAGGACAUCAUCCAAAAAAACGGUGACACAGUUUACGGGCGACAACACAAGCUGAAAGACGUUCAUUUUCUAAAUGAUCUAAGGAAGACACAUCCUCUGACUACAUACGACCAUUAUCGCUCAUACAUCGACAGAAUGGCAAUUGGAGAGAAAGGUGUGUUAACUUCUGAGGCACCAAUGCGCUUUGCUCUCACCUCCGGUACUACGGGCAAGGCUAAAAUGUGGCCCUAUCUCAAAUCAUAUAUAUCAGAUUCAUACAAGAUCAUGUACGGUUUGGUCAGUGCUAUCACGUUUAAGACCUUCAACGAGAGGAGUCUGUUGCAACAAGAUAUUUGGCUUUACACUGCCCCAAAAACAAGAUUCACCGAAGGAGGUAUCUUAAUGGGACCUGGAUCUCUGAUUGCUCCAUGGAUGAAGAAAUUCUUACUCAUAUUUUCGACUCCUGGAGAAGGUUUCUUCAUAAGUCGUCCCUUCGAGGCCACAUAUAUCCAUCUUCUGUUUGGUCUCCGAGACCGCAACCUUGGGGGGAUCAUGGCCAACUUUACCUCCAAUUUGAUGUCUGCCAUGCGACAGCUUGAGCACUGCUGGCAGGAUAUCGUCAGAGACAUCGAACACGGCACCAUCUCGUAUCUCAACCUAGAGUCCGACGUCCAGAAAAAGUUUUCAAAAUCGUUGGGGAGUGGAGACCCGGAGAGGGCCGCUGAGCUCAAAACAGAGUUCGAGAAGGGUUUCGAUGGUAUCAUUCGACGGGUAUGGCCACAUAUACAUUACAUCAAUGCCGUAGAUAGCGCAGGACUUAAAGGCGUACUACUCGAUACAUAUGCCAAAGGUGUCCCGAUGUACGCACCUGGUUUAGGGGCGACAGAAGGAAUGAUGGGUAUCAACCUAUGGAUCACAUCAGGCAAAGACGAGUUCGUCCUUUUACCGGGGUAUACAGUCUUUGAGUUCAUUCCAGAGGAGAAUAUGGAAGACGAAACUCCCGAGACGCUGUUCCUUGAUGAACUGACAAUCGAUGGCGUGUAUGAGAUCGUCAUCACUCAACUCUUCGGCUGUUAUCGGUUUCGCUAUGGUGACGUCAUCAAGAUAACUCGUUUCCACAUGAAUACCCCCGUGGCUGAGUUCAUGUAUAGGUCUGGUCAGAUGUUAAAUGUUGUAUCAGAGAAAGUUGAUCAGCGGACAGUGCAGGAAGCCAUGUGUGCUGCUGUGGACCAGUGGCCUGAUGUUCAGAUACGGGAUUAUGCCGUAGCAGAAAGCACACUCUUAGCUGAGUUAGAUAACCGUGAUAAGACUGUGUGUCCGUAUUACAUCGUGUUCAUCGAGUUGGACCAAGAUCCAGACUCAGGUGACAUAGAUCAGGACCAGUACUGCCUGAUUGACAGUGAACUGCAGCGGUUGUCUUUCACCUACAAAUCGUAUCGUGAGAAAGGUUGCAUAGCAACCCCCAGCGUUCACAUUGUGAAACCCGGUACAUUUAGCCUGUUACAUGACUUCAUCCUAACGAACACGACCACUACAGCCAACCAGUACAAAGUUCCAAGAAAACUACGUACACCACAGAUGCUCAGGCUUAUGCUUGAUAACUCCGCCGUGAGAUCAAAUACAUUCGGGAGGAUGGCCGAGCUGUAAAGAUCGACUGAAAAGCACUUUAUAUAGACCGCCUAGCGCUACCUUCACUAUAAUAACACAAACAUUAGUGUGUUUCAAAUAAUGCACCAUACAUUUUCUAGCAAAGGAAAGCAGGAGUAUACUUGACACACUGUCUUACAACCUGUGUAUUCUUUAAAGGUUUACAAGAUUAUUUUUAUCCGAGGCAAAUAUUGUUCUUUACGCACAUUAUUUUCUUCAUAUUAUUACCA